CAGACUUCGGUCUACAUUGUACAGUGAUGAAUAAUUGAAUCCCUACGCUUGCGACAAAACAAAAACGACCCGUUGCCGAGAGAUAUGGUGGAGCCGUGGAAGUCGGCGUGUUCGGAUACCACCGAAGGGACAUGUUCUUAUCGAUAAGACGUCAUGUGACCCAUGAGUACGAUAUUCAUCAAGCUAAUCCACAUGCGCCGUUUUGUGUGAUUUCUUUGUACCAGAAGAUUUGUAACUGUAAUAGUGACGAGGAUGCAGCGCAAACCUGUGCUCCUAUUGUCUGGAUGGAUCAUGGGAUUGUUAGAAUUUUGGAUAUGAGAUUAUUCAUAUCACGUUGUAUGCCAUCAUCGCCAUGUAAUCCAAAGCUGGAAGAUAUUUGGCUCUCUUCAGUUGGCUGAGGUGUCUGGACGAGAGUGGAAGAUGGAAAUGAUAAUGAUGCAAGGCGGAGGAAUAGUGGUCAGACAUGUGGACAUAUCGAGAUCGAAACAGCCCAUCCCCCCAGCCACCCCUAGGCCAAGUUGGAAAGGGAGUGGGAGGGUGGCCAAAAGAAGACGAAAAGUUGGCAAGAUGGCAUCACCCCAAGAUCCCAAAAGAGGAGUAGAAGGACGGGUGGCCACAGCGGUGUGGUGUCAAAGGAGGAUCGGAGAGGGGUUUUGGAAUGGAAUCGACGGGACGACGGACGUUAAAGUGAUUCUGUUAGACGAUGGAUGUUCAUGGGAGAACUGGACUGGUUGGAAAGGUUGGAUUUUGGCGCAAAGCGGCGGCAAUGACGCGGGUGAACCUCCCGUGAACAAGGACGAGAGACAAGAUGGUGUGUGCGUUGCGUGUCGCGUGUGUCGGAACGUUCUCCAUGCCGUGCUCCGGCAGAUUGGUGAUGGAGGCGAUGAUGGUGAAUUCGUACAAUACGGGUGUAAUAAUGGGUAACCUAAUUGAUGGGACUUGGACUUGGUCGAUGGAUGGUGAGGUUGAGAGAGUUGAGAAAGUUGACAGAGGCAGACUGUAGACAUGGUUAGGCGGAACCUUGUCAAGUUGUUGCGUCAUAGUGCAUACACUCGGGUGGCUCGUGUGCCAUGUAACGAUGCAAGACUUGUGUUUUUGUUACCGACUCGAGUGCCACACGUUCGAAGGAACAUGGCAAAGCAUGGCACGGGGAGAGCAUGGAAGCAUGGAAGCAUGGAACAAGCCCAUGUCAUGGUCGUUGCACAGGCAGCUCCUUUUGC